AUGCACCAUUAUCGGAUAUCGACAAUUUAUAUCAUGAUUUUGGGAUACAAUAUUCUCCGAUUGUCUAUAAUUUUAUUGUUAUUGUUGCAGUGUUCUUGUGCUGGUUCAUUCGAGAUACGACUAAUUUCAUUGAAAAUUGACCCGAAAGUGGAGUUGCGUCCGGAGUUUAGGAUUUGUUUGAAAAAUUUUGAAACACAUAUCAGUCAUAACAAUGAUUGCACAUUUGGUGAAGUUACGUGUGAUGCUGAACGUUUACGUAAUGGAGCGAAAAUUGAAUUCAAAUUUGGCUGGCCAGAAUCCUUCAAGCUGAUAACAGAAGUAUGGAGAACAAAUGGAAAAAUGAAAAAGUUGAUGUUUGACGAUGCUUUUCAACGUGAAAAUGUACCAUCGAGUGCUCAAUGGACUGAAAAAGUGUUAUUUGAUAGUGGCGGAUUUGGAAUGACCAUCGCUUAUAGAAUAAUUUGUGCAAGUGAUUAUUAUGGACCACAAUGUAGUAAAUUUUGCCAACCUAUUUCUGGACACGUUGGCCAUUACGAAUGUAACUCAAAUGGUACACUAACUUGUUCUGCUGGUUGGGAAGGUGCAAAUUGUGAUACAGCACGUUGUGAUAACUGUGUCAAUGGAGUAUGUGAUCGACCAGGCUCUUGUCGAUGCAAAACUGGAUGGACAGGACCAAGCUGUGAUCAAUGUAAAAAAUAUCCAGGUUGUAAACAUGGCUUUUGUAGACAGCCUAAUCAGUGCAUUUGUGAAGAAGGUUGGGGAGGACACUUUUGCAUUGAAGAUUUGAACUAUUGUUCGCGACAUCAGCCAUGUAAAAAUAAUGCAAUAUGUAGAAACACAGGCCAUGGACAGUACACAUGUGAAUGUCCCUAUGGAUUUACAGGAACAAAUUGUGAAAUCCGUCUUCAAAAUUGUUCGACGCAAUCAUGUAUGAAUGGAGCUAUUUGCACUUAUAUACCGGGAUAUAACUAUACAUGUAUUUGUCCAAAAGGCUAUACUGGUCGUUAUUGUCAAGUUGUUGCAAAAACUUGCUCAGACUCACCAUGUCAUAAUGGUGGUACUUGUAUUCAAAACCGUGGUCUUUUCUUUUGUGAAUGUAUGCCAGGAUGGAAUGGAACUAAUUGUGAUAUCAAGAUCAGAACCUGCGAUCAUAUCCAUUGUUAUAAUGAUGGGAAAUGCGUAGAAGGAAAUGGUACUGGAGAAUAUGACUGUAUUUGUAAGCUUGGCUUUACUGGAAAGCAUUGUGAAAAAAUUGCUAAGGAGUGUGCUCAGCACAAUCCAUGCUUAAACGGAGGAAGAUGUAUUGAUGAAGUGAAAAAUUAUAAAUGUCAAUGUCCUGAUGGAUUUAGUGGUACAUUAUGUGAACAUUCCAUUAAUGUUUGUCAAAAUAAACCUUGUAAGAACGGUGGUCGUUGCGGUGAUUUAAAAAAUAACAAAUAUCUUUGUUCAUGCCCUGAAGGUUUCAAAGGAGUUAACUGUGAAAUUGCUAAAUCUGGAUGUGAUGAGAAUCCGUGCAGAAACGGGGCUACAUGCAUUAAUGCAGAUCAUGGGUUCCGUUGUUUGUGUCCACCAUGCUUUUACGGUGAAAGUUGUUCGCAUUUUGAUCGAAGUUGUCGUCCACUUCAUCGAUACAAUCGCACGAAUGCAUAUAUUAUAAAGUUAGAAAAUGAAAUACAGACUUCAAGUAGUGGAUUAAACUUGAAGGACUUAGUGCUUAUAUUAUUGUCUAUAUCUUCCGUAUUGGCAUUAAUAUUUGUCGUUGUUGUUAUUUAUCGGCAAAAGAUAGCGAGAAGAACAUCCACAACUGAUCCAUCUUUGCAAAAUGAUUUAAAUUCAAAAAGACUUUCAAAAUAUUCGGAACAAAAAGCGUGCUUAAAUAAACGUACAGGCUCAAACACGGAAAUUAGUUAUUUCGAACGUGCAGAAACAAACAACUCUGCAACAAUAUCUGAUAAGAAACGGCUAUCUCAUCCUAAUCGCAAUAGCCUUGAUUAUUCUAAUCGCUAUGCUAUUGAGCCAACUAUUAAUGUGAUACAACCACCGUUAAAUCAAAAUGAAUAUAUGGGAUACUACAAUAAGAUGGACUUGAGGCACUCGAGACGUCCCAAUGUUACACGUGUAACUUUACCUACGCAAUCAUCGAAGGAUGGUGACAGUUAUUACGAAGAAAUUGAUGAUGAGUCUUCAGUACCAGAAAUGGUUGUACAGCGAGAAAGACACACCAAAGUGGGUGCAUCAAAUGUCAACCAUUCAUCAAAUUUAGAUGGUCACCCGGAAACGCAGUUACAGAAUAUGAAUUACAAAGUGACUGAUAUUCAAACUAAUUUAUGA